AUUCUGGUGUGACCCACGCAAUGCUGUUGCUCCACAAGGGGGGGCUGCUGGAUAUAUGCUUUAGUGCCCAACUGCCUGCCUUCAAACACUGAAUCCAGUUUGUGCGGACAGAGCGGGCGAGGAGAGGAAGACUCCCACUGCCUCGAUACGCACCGAGAGACCACCCGACCCGAGCCUAGGCUAUACGCUCACCGCACACCUCCCUGGAGCCUUCACACACCACUUCAGGACUUUUUAUCCGGAAAACGGGACAACCAUUGCGAUUUGCGGGCUGGAUUAAAUUAUAAACAUUCGGGAAACAGAGUAACAUUAUCAGAAGUGACAGAACAGAAACACACAUUAACAGGAUCCGCUGUGAAUUUAUGGAUGCUUGUUGCUUUUUUCGGUCCUUUGAGCACCUCUCUUCCACUGGAGCAAACAGACCUUCUUUUGUGUCAUUGUUCAAGCAGAUAUUGCCUGUUGAAAGAAUGAAUACACCGAACUUAUUCUGAACAAGUUGGAGGAAUAGUCGAAGGCUUUUUAUGUGCAGACAAACAGAUGGGACAUGCCAACUUUUUCGAGAUCUCUCUGAGGGCGUCUGGCAUCAUGGACAGCAAACUGGAUCAAUGAGCCAAAGUUCAGUUCAGACGGUUCUGCAAACAUCUGAGAAUAUUGGCUUGUCAUCGGAUUAUCGGCUACAUUAACAACUAGAGGUUCCCAGUAAGAGAUAUUUUCAGCCUUGCACUUUUCUGCACACCGUUCUGCCGUUUACAGCCAUGAUAUCAAAAUUCUCACGGAAUUGUUCAUCGUUGGUCCUGCUUUUCCCUAUUCUCCAACUGCUGCGGCUGGACAUGCUCAAUGCUGCCCCCUCCGGUCCGGAGUCUGACACCUGCUCCACACUGGUCCAGAGCCGCUUCUUUGGAUUCUUCCUCUCGUCCUCUGUAUUUCCCAGCACGCCCUGCUCCUGGACCCUGCAGAACCCUGACCCAAGGCGCUACACCAUCUUCAUCAAGGUCACGAAACCAACCAGAGACUGCAUUCCCAGACAGCACCGGACCUUCCAGUUUGACUCCUUCUUGGAGACCACACGAACCUUCCUCGGGAUGGAGAGCUUCGAUGAGGUGGUGAAGCUGUGUGAUGCCUCUACCCAUGUUGCCUUCCUGGAAGCUGGGAAACAGUUCCUGCAGAUCCGGAAAGGGCUUCCCAGAGCGGGUGCCGGGUCCAGGAAUGGCGAUGGGGAAUUUAAAGUGGAGUAUCUUGUGGUUGGGAAGCGUAACCCCAGCAUGGCUGCCUGUCAAAUGCUGUGCCAAUGGUUGGAGGACUGCCUGACCUACAGUACCUCCAACCGGCCCUGUGGCAUCAUGCAGACACCAUGCCAAUGUUGGGACCAGCCCCUGCCAGACAAAGAAACCAGUGGAUGCUACCGGGAUGGGAUCUAUUUGGAGAACUGCAUCCCUGUUGUGAAAGAAGGAACAGCUGACACUGACACUAGCGGUGGCUGGAGUGGGUGGGGCAACUGGGCGGAGUGCAGCAGUGAAUGUGGAGGCGGAGUCCAGACGCGCACUCGCACCUGUCAGUCACCACCUGAGGAGGCGUACCUGUGCGAGGGUGUUCUGGAGGAAGGUCGUCCCUGCAACUCUCAGCCGUGCAUCGGCUACAGGCAGUAUUCCUCUAAAGGCAAGGGUUUAAGUCCAGUGAAAUACAAAGGAAUGCAAGAGGCCAUGCUUGGCAGAGGCCGACUUGGCACUCGUAGCCAAUCCCUGCGCUCGGUGGACAGCCGUAAACGAGAGGACUCUGAUAAGACCCGCAGCGGACAGCAGUCUUCCCAAACAGUGGAUCCUACGUCGGGUGGGGAGUGGUCUGUGUGGAGCGUGUGUUCGACCACGUGCGGUGAGGGCUGGCAGAGCCGCACACGCUUAUGCGUCUCGGUGCCGUACAGCACGCAGUGCAGCGGGCCGCUGCGUGAACAGAGACCCUGCAAUAACACUGUUGUGUGUCCAGCCGCUCUGAUUACAGUGCACGGGUCUUGGGAUGAGUGGACUCCAUGGAGCUUGUGUUCUUCGACAUGUGGCCGUGGGUACAGGGACCGCACUCGCUCCUGCAAGCAGCCGCUGUUUGGAGGAAACCCCUGCGACGGUCCAGAAAAACAGACCAAAUUCUGCAACAUUGCUGUAUGCCCAGUGGACGGUGUGUGGAAUGAGUGGUCCAGCUGGAGCUCCUGUUCCUCGUCCUGUUCGAAUGGAACAAUGCAGCGCACUCGGGAGUGUAAUGGGCCCUCGUAUGGGGGUCUGGAGUGUCAGGGCGAGUGGCGUCAGACAAGAGACUGUUUCCUCAGAGAGUGUCCUCUGGAUGGUCAGUGGCAGCUCUGGAGCUCUUGGGCUGGUUGUACCAAAACAUGUGGUGGAGGAAGCCAGCAAAGACAGAGAGUGUGUUAUGGGCCCUUUUUUGGGGGUGAGCCGUGCCCAGGAGACAGAGAGGAAGUUAGACGUUGCAAUGAGAAGAGAUGUCCAGAGCCGCAUGAGAUCUGUGAUGAGGAGAAUUUCUCUAACGUAAUUUGGAAGAAAACUCCUGCAGGGGACACUGCAGCCGUCCGCUGCCCUCCGAAUGCUGUAGGACUGAUUCUUCGGCGAUGUUCAUUAGACGAUGAAGGCAUUGCAUACUGGGAGAACCCAACUUACAUUAAAUGCGUUUCAAAUGAUUACAGAAGUAUCCAAACUUUGACCAGAGAUCACCUGUCCAAGGCUCAACGAGGGCUUGUGGGAGAUGGGGUCUCUGAAGUCAUGACCAAGCUGAGAGUGACGUCGAGUGAUGGAACAAGCUACAGCGGAGACCUUCUGGCUAUCAUAGAUGUACUGAAAAACAUGACAGAGAUAUUUAGGAGGUCCUACUACAGCCCCAGUAAUGCAGACAUGAGGAAUUUUGUGCAAUCAGUGAGUAACUUACUGAUGGAGGAAAACAGGGAGAGGUGGGAGGAAGCACAGCUGCUUGGGCCAAAUGUUAAGGAGCUUUUUCGUCUGGUGGAGGACUUUGUAGACGUCAUCAGUCUCCGCAUGAAGGACUUCCAGGAUACUUAUGAGGUCACCGACAAUCUGGUGUUGAGUAUUCACAAGCGGCCUGUCGCAGGAAAUGCAGAUAUCACUUUCCCCAUGAAGGGGUGGAGGGGGAUGGUGGACUGGGCUCGCAACUCAGAGGACAAAGUCAGAGUGGCUAAAAACAUCCUGGUCACUGGGAAACCAGAUGAAGAUGAUGCCUCUGCGUUUGUGACUGGUAUCGUACUGUACAGAAACUUGGGCAGCAUUCUCUCUCUACAGAGAAAUAGCACAGUGCUGAACUCCAAGGUGAUCUCGGUGACAAUCAAACCCACUCCCAGCUCCCUCUCAACUCCACUAGAGAUUGAAUUCUCACACCUUUACAAUGGUACCACAAACCAAACCUGCAUUUCCUGGGAUGAGAAUGACAGCUCGUCUUUGCUGGGCUCCUGGUCUGCGCGAGGCUGUAGAGCCGUGCCCGUCGACUCCAGCACAACCAAAUGCUUGUGUGACAGACUCUCCACCUUCGCCAUUUUAGCACGCCUCAAUCCCGAUGUGAACAUGGAUAAGACCCAGCUUCCAUCUGUGACUCUGAUUGUGGGCUGCGGGGUCUCGUCCCUCACCCUGCUCCUCCUCAUCAUCAUCUAUGUGUCUGUUUGGAGAUGCUUUCACUUGGUCAGUGUCACAUCUUGGUCGCCUCUAGAAAUUAUACAUCAGUUCAGGUACAUCCGCUCAGAACGUUCUGUCAUCCUCAUCAACUUUUGUCUGUCCAUCAUCUCCUCCAAUGCACUCAUACUUAUCGGGCAAACUCAGACACGGAACAAGGUUGUUUGUACUCUUGUUGCUGCAUUUCUGCACUUCUUCUUCCUGUCCUCUUUCUGUUGGGUUCUCACGGAGGCAUGGCAGUCUUACAUGGCCGUGACUGGCCGUCUUAGAAACCGUAUCAUACGCAAACGUUUCCUCUGCCUUGGUUGGGGUUUACCUGCUCUAGUUGUAGCAAUUUCGGUUGGAUUUACCAAGGCAAAGGGAUAUGGCACUGUUAACUAUUGCUGGCUGUCUCUGGAAGGCGGAUUGUUGUACGCAUUUGUGGGACCAGCUGCUGCUGUCGUCUUGGUUAACAUGGUUAUCGGGAUUCUGGUUUUUAACAAACUGGUGUCUAAAGAUGGCAUAACUGAUAUGAAACUCAAGGAGAGGGCCGGUCAGAUGACAGUGCCACUGUACAAUAUGACGCUCAAAUGUGCCAAGUGCGGAGUUAUCUCGUCGGCUGACGUUUCCACCACAGCUACCAGUAACGCCAUGGCGUCGCUGUGGAGCUCCUGCGUUGUAUUGCCACUGUUGGCUCUCACUUGGAUGUCGGCGGUCCUGGCCAUCACCGACCGCCGUUCAGCAUUGUUUCAGAUCCUUUUUGCCGUCUUUGACUCCCUCGAGGGCUUCGUUAUCGUGAUGGUGCAUUGCAUCCUGCGCAGAGAGGUACAAGAGGCCGUAAAGUGUCGUGUUGUUGAUCGUCAAGAGGAUGGAAACGGUGACUCCGGUGGAUCUUUCCAGAACGGCCAUGCUCAGCUGAUGACCGACUUUGAAAAGGAUGUGGACAUGGCUUGUCGGUCAGGCACCCUAAAGCGUUCCUCCCAACAAGGUGAGGAGAAGGUAGCUUCACAGCAGAUCACGGUACAGAAAGGCUCCAACUUCAACACCCUUCCUGCCAGCAUGGCAAAGGUCCACCUGCAAAACGUCGCUGACUACGCCAGCCACACUCUCACCAUGCGUCGCGACAAAGGCGGCAUUGCCGGGGUCAGUACCGAGUUACCCGGAGCCAAAUCUAUUUACAUCUGUGACGGCGAGCUCUUCAAGCAGCUGGAUGGAGCCCCGGGAGACAGUGGCGGUCCCGAAGGAGGAGGAGGAGGAGGAGGUGGGUCGGGCCAGGGUUACGUGCUCCUGCCCAACAACAAUAACACCCUCAGGCCCGCAAAGGGCGGAAAGGACGACCAAGCCACCAAGUACAACAUCAGCAUCGAACAGUUACCCCAGACCAGGCUCAUCCACCUGGCCAACCCCGCCGGCACUGAUCCCGUGCCAGGCUUCGGGUUGAAGAGCCUGCCCACCGACCGAGUCAGCGUUUCCUGCUCAGAGAGGGACUCCCCGGUGCAGACGGUGCAAAACAUUUCCAGCGAGUCCCAGAUGACAAACACAUGUGAGCAAGGGGAUUCUGGGAACUCCGGCAUGAUGUCUAAGAGUGAGACCGUCUCAACACUGUCUAUGAGCUCUUUGGAGAGACGAAAAUCACGCUAUGCAGAGCUGGACUUUGAGAAGAUCAUGCAUACACGGAAGCGCCACCAGGACAUGUUUCAGGAUUUAAACAGGAAGCUGCAGCAUGCAGAGAAGGACAGAGAUUCUCCCCCAGUGGACGGGAAGACUGGGAAGAGAUGGAGCGUGUCAUCAGGAGGCAGCGAUAAAACCAAUCUUAGUGACAAGCAGCAGACCCCCAGCAAGCGGGCAUGGGAGGGCAUCAGGAAGACCCACUCACCACCGUCUUGGGUGCGCAAGGAGCUGGAGCCCCUACAGGCCUCUCCUCUGGAAAUGCAAGCAGUGGAAUGGGAGAAGGCCAGCGCCACCAUCCCUCUGGUGGGCCAAGAGAUCAUGGACCUGCAGACGGAGGUCUGAGAGACCCCCAGAGCAUUCAGAGAAACAGAACAUACUCUACUCGCAGGGAAAAGGGACAAAGAGAGAUUUGAGAGUGCGAACAAACAGAAGUAUGCAAGAAAGAAAGCAACAUGGCUGUGCAAUUUUUAUUUGUGUUGUUUUUUGUUUUUUUGUUUUUUUGUAUUCCUGGAAUGGCCUUUUCCUUAAUGUCAAAGCGAAUCAUAACACUUUCGAAAAUCCAGGUCUGAGCCUGUUGCUGUGGUAAUGAGCCGGCGCUACCGAGAACGGCUGAACUGGGCAAGUUGAAUCCUGGGAGUGACUAAAGGGAAGGACUAAGAGCAGAUGAGCCUUAGUGAGUGGCCUUCAAUUUCUUACACCUCUGGAUACACACACACACACACAUCAUGUCACAUUUAUGGAAGAAAGAGAAGUAGCGCUACAAAAGAAAGCUUUCAAACUGCCCGGUAGGAAUCAGGUGAGCUACACGUCAUUCAAAAUCAAAUUCUUGAAUAUUAUUAGUCUUAUUAUCAUCGUUGUUGAUCGGUGUGACACACAACACAUGCGUACGCUUGGGGCGCGAAAGGCGACGUGAUUGCCCGAAGCCAUUUGACUGUUAUUCUGUCUCAAACGCCCUUCUGAGCCAGUACAGCCCACUGCUUAGCCACUGUGCUCUCCCGUGCACCGCAACGACCUCGGGAUCCUUCGAGAUUCAGCUCGGAAACGGGUCGGCGGUCCAGCUGGUGGGUUCGUGAAACCCGACGCGUCUACAUUCGCUUGAUGUUCCCAUCAGAAUCACUGGAGCUGUGAGGCCUUGAAACAAACUGCUGAGUCUCAGAAUACGUGCAGAAUCGUGUUUGAAAGAGAAAACGGAGAUGAAAACGAAUAUAUAAAUAUAUAUAUUAUAAAUAGUCUUAUAUAUGAAACUGCAGAGGGGUGUUAUUCUCUGGUUAGGUUGUGGUCGCACACAGAGAAAGCACAAGACUCACUCCUCAGAGUCCUGUUGUACAGCAUUGUAAUUAUUUCCAGAAGAGUUCUACAAAAUGAAUUUUAGCCUAUAAAUAUCUUUCUUACUGUGCUUGGGGAAUAUUGUUAACAUUAUUAUAGAUAUCAUUGCGAUUCUGAGAUCCCCCCCCUCCCCACAAACUGGACUGGACUUUAUCAGUGUUCUGUAACAUCAUGUAACGGUGUGUAUUUCGGUAUCACUGACUGUCACUCCAGAUGAUACGUACUUGCCUGAAUUCUCCACCAUCUGCCCCUCCUUCUCCUUCUCUCCCUUGCCUUUCCACGCUCCCUUUUUUAAGUUCACUGGGGUUUCUUUGUUAUUGUACAGUUUUCAGAGCACAAAAUGAAUGUGUCAUAUUUCUAAUAAAAAAGUAUAUCUAUAUAAUAAA